GCCGGACUCCACCACCUCCAUCGCCCACGCACGCCGACGCACCAUCACAAUGUCAUUCGCAGUAUCUCGCGCGCUCGUCCGCCAGUCGCGGAUCGCCGUCCGCCGCGCGGGCGUGCGCAAUGCCUCUUCGACGUCCGAGGCGGCCGGCGCGGCCAAGGAGAAGGCCGGCGACGCGGCGGCCAAGGUGCAGUCCAAGGCCUCCGAGGGCCUGACCAAGGUCAAGAGCUCGGCUGAGUCUGCGGCCAGCUCGGUCAGCAACGCGGCCAGCAAUGCUGCGAGCACGGUCAACAGCACGGCGAGCCAGGCCCAGGGCCGCGUGGGAAGGCUGGUUGGCGCUGUUCAGGGACUGAUCCCCAAGGCGACAUACUACGGCCGCGUCGGCCUCGAGCUCGGCAAGCUCAUCACGCACAGCCGCGGCAUGGCGCCUCCCUCCAUCUCGACCAUGCAGUCGUACCUGCAGCCGGCGCUCAACGCGCUGCGCCACCCGGCCUCGCUCGCCAGCUCGAUGAACCCCAACACGAUCCUCGCCCAGAUCCGCGGCGCGUCGAGCGCGCAGUACUGGAGCGCGGGUGUUGUUGCCGCCGAGGUUCUGGGCUUCUUCUCCGUCGGCGAGAUGAUUGGCCGCUUCAAGGUUGUUGGGUACAGGGAGAAGGCGCACGGUGGGGAGGGCGAGGCUCACUGAGCGCGGGUAGGAGGGGGAGACUGUAAAGCGUAAUGCAGCGUUGAUGUUGGAGGGCAGGGACAGCUCAGUCAAGCUGUGCUGAGCUGGUGGGCAGACGCACGGAUGGCGAGGCGUGUACGAUUCGAAUGGGCCUGUACUCUGUACUGUGCACACACACACA